CCACCUUCUCUAUCCUCUCGUGCUCUCUCAUCUUUCAAUCUUCUCUCUCUCUCUCUCUAAAACUCUCAUAUAUUUCUCUCUCUCUCUCUCUAUAUCUCUCUCCGAUCAAACAUAACAAUCCAUCAAUCAACACUACGCCUUUUCAUAUCCUCCCUCCGAUCCAUUCCCUGUCAACUUUAUAUAUUGUACUUUGCAAUUCCAUGGAUCACGUUAAGGGCGGUGGCGGCGGCGCGUACAAGAACGUCGUCCAGCAACAAUCGGAGGACGACGCCGACCUCCGGCGAGGUCCCUGGACCGUCGAGGAAGACUUCACUCUCAUCAAUUAUAUCGCCCACCACGGCGAGGGCCGCUGGAACUCACUCGCGCGCUGUGCCGGUCUGAAGCGUACAGGAAAAAGUUGCAGAUUACGGUGGCUAAACUAUCUCCGGCCGGACGUCCGGCGUGGGAACAUCACUCUAGAGGAGCAGCUCAUGAUUCUCGAACUGCAUUCUCGUUGGGGCAAUCGGUGGUCGAAAAUCGCACAACAUUUGCCGGGGAGGACCGACAAUGAGAUUAAGAAUUACUGGAGGACUAGAGUGCAAAAACACGCUAAGCAGCUGAAAUGUGACGUGAACAGCAAGCAAUUCAAGGACACCAUGCGCUAUCUAUGGAUGCCGCGCCUAAUGGAGAGGAUUCAGGCCGCCGCCAACGCCGCCUCCUCCACCACCACCUCCACAAACUCCGACUCCGCCGCCGCCUACCCCCACAUCCACAACCCCUCCGCCACGUCGGACCAGGCGGCGGCAGGGGUGCAACACCCCAACAACGCUGCCCCCGCGAUCCCCGACUACAACGCCGCCGUCAACUUCCCCUCCGACAACUCCAGCACCGCCGCCUCUUCCGACUCCUUCGCCACGCAAGUCUCCCCCGUCUCCGACCUCACCGACUGCUGCUACAACUUCCACCAAGUCAACCAGAGCGCCACCCACGACUACUAUCAACCCAACAAUAACCACUUGAUCGGCGGCUACGGAGAUUCCUUAACAAGCCCCACCGCUUUCUUUAACCAGAACCUCGACUUCCAAAUGAUGGAGAACAACAACAACAACAAUAACCACCAGUGGAUAGACGGCGGCGCCGAUGUCGUCUCCGACAACCUAUGGAACAUCGAAGACAUGUGGUUCUUCCAACAGCAAUUCAACAACAAUAGCCACCCUUGAAAGCAUAGUUCGAUGUGAUCGAGAGACAACAAAAAUACAGAUUACGAUGAUGAAAUGUAGAAAAAAAAAAGUUUAAUGAGGUCGGAGAUCAGACGAUACACACACAACCAAAAAAAAAAAAAAAAACCAGUAUGGUCAAUUAGAACACAUGGCCGGUGUAGAAUUUGUGGAGAGACACAGGUCUAAUUUAUUUAUUGUGGAUUUUUAAUUGUAAUUUUAAUUUU